GCGCCCACAAGGCGCUACCCAGCGGUCAUUUUCCAUUUCCACCCGCCACCCACAUACCCUCAAGAUGGUCGCCAAACCGAGCGACGAGCCGCACCACGACGGCGGCAAGUGCCGCUACAAGACGGGCAAGUGCCUCAACGACCGUUCGUACAAGCGCAACGGGCAGUUCCACCAGCUCUGCAACUUUCACCGCGAAAAGGCCAACCGCAUCCAGCGCAAGUUUGACCGCCAAAAGCGCAUCGUGGCCAAGUCGGCCAAGUCGACCGACAAGAAGACGCUCGGCGAAUUGAGCCCGAUGACGCACCGCAGCAGCGACGACUUCCUCUCGGACACCGACUCGUGUGGCCGCCCGUCCACCGACAGCUCGUGCAGUGAAAGCUUCUUCAGCGUCGACGAUCUCUGCUGGCAAGAGACCAUCAAGAUCGAACACACUCUCUGCGCCGAGCCCGUGCCCGUGCACUCGCCCGAGGCGCACCGUGGCCGCCUCUCGUUCGACGAGCUCGACUUUCUCUGCUCGGCGAUCCUCUAACGUCGCUCCGCACCACGUAUUUACAUCUACCACACCUCAAUCGGAGAAGUGUACCCGUCCUUGUCGUCCACCCGUCGCCGUCCUUGGUCUAUAUGUCUAACUGCUAUUAUCCAUGUCUCGUCCAUUGUGCUCUUCCAACGACCUCUCUUGCUGUCAUGCGCACCCACUCUCCGUGACCUCGGAUGGGUGGCAGGAGCUUUCUCGCCCGAGCGGGAUGGGCACGAAGCACUGCUACUGCUGUGCCAGACACGCGUAUGUGUACCAAUGCACGGUGCGAACGUGAGUCAUCGUUGCUACUACUCUGCGUAAAUAUUCAUCUUUUUAGUUGAGCAAUAUAAAAUGCUAGCUAGCGUUGGA